AUGAGUCAGUCAACGGAAUCCACGCGACCGGUGUUUCGAGUCAAGAGACACGGGGCCGUGACCCAUGCACCAUCGGAACGUAGAGUGGGCACCAACCAUAUAUCCCCGCUUACGCAACCAAAUGAACCGUUGAGAAGACGCUCCCUGUCAACACCGAACAAUAUGGCCAUCAAUCCGCAUUUGGCUUCGGAUCACGCCAACUCCAAAGAGUCCAGUAAAAAGCUUGGGCCUUCUGAUGCCAUCACAACUCCAACACAUAACGCUGCCUCUGCUGCUGAUAAUGAACAGCUGAUUGAGCCAGCACCAAUUCGGCUCAUGGCAACACCAGUUGUGAAAUGCUUCUAG